AUGUUGCUCGCAUCGGCGGCGGACGCGUUGUGUGACUCGGUGCGGGAGCCUUCGACGGGUGUGCUGGUGGAUGCGGUAACGGCAGAGGAGAUUCCGAAUCCGUCGUUAGCUUCGGUGGAGGCAGGUGAGCUGAAGAGGUUGGCGAAGAAAAAUCGGGCGAACGCGGUGGUGAAGGGGCUCAAGAUCGCGGGAAUGUCGGUGGGCGUGGGUGCCCUAAGUGCCUUGACGGCUGGACUGGCUGCACCGGCCUUCGCAGCUGGGUUCGGCGCGCUCGGAAUCGCCGGAACCUCGGGACUCGCAGCCUUCCUCGGCUCGGCCGGCGGCGCCGCCUCGCUGGCCUCCGUGUUUGGCGCGUCUAGCGCCUCACUCUCGGGUUGGAAGUACUCACGUCGACUCGCGGACAUCCGAGUAUGCGAAUUUGUCAAACUCGACAAUGACAACAGCAACCACGCUAACGACGCCAUCAGCGGCUACAUACACGAGAUGAUCGAAUACAAACAGAAGCGACUGGAACUCGCAGGACGAUCCGGACCGCCGCCCGGAAACGAGUCUGCAGACCACCAGGGGGACGAAAGCCUAGAUCACCCUAGCCAGGUCUCCAACGACCGACCAGAGUCCAGCGACCGGCCAGGGUCCAACGAGCGACCGGAGUCCAGCGACAGACCAGGGUCCAACGACCGGCGAGGGUUCAACGACCGGCGAGGAUCCAACGACCGGCGAGGAUCCAGCGACCGGCGAGGGUCCAGCGACCGGCCAGGAUCCGACCUGACCUAUCUUUCAGCAGACGACGCCUUUUCUCCUGAGGAUGGCGCACGGCCUGUGGCGCCGAGUGCGGGUGCUGAAGUGCCGCAUUUCGGGCCUGUUCGAGUUCUACAUGAAUUCCCUAGUGCAGAAAUAAGCAGUCACGCCCCUAACCCCGAGCGCGACGUUCCGAGCCCGGAGCGCGACGCCGGCAGAAGUUCCGAGCGCGACGCACCCACAAGCCGCAACCUGACUUUGCCGAUUGAGAGGACUUGGACCCCUGGAGGUAACGACGGCAGCGAGGCUGCUUCCUCUCGGAGGCGCAGCGACUCGCAGUGGUCGCGAGACUCCCCUUCUCACGGCCCGGAGUCUAAGACCUUUGGAGGGAAGGCGCCUGGAGGGAAGGCGCCUGGAGGGAAGGUGUACACAGGGAAGGGCUCUGGACCCAAGAGUGUGGGUGGGAAGGGGUCGGGAGUGGGUAUGCAUACCCCUAAGGGCAGGUCUCUAUUGUUUAAAGCGUUGUCCCCGAGGUCGAAGGAGAGGUCGCCCAAGUCGAAGAGCAAAGAGGAGCCGGGUUCCGGGUCAAAGGAGAGUUCCGGUACGGGAAAGAUGAAAGGCGGCGCUUCGGGUAAGAGUGAGCACAGGCGUGUGCAGGGUCGUAGUCAGCAGCAGACGAGCACACAGUUGCGAAAGUCGGCACCUUCUCGACGGUUCCGUACAAUGAAUAGUAUGUCGUUGUUCCAUGAGGCAUAUCCGCAGCAUCAUCCGGUAUUACGUCCGCUGGGUUUGUACCACUUGACUGGACAUCAACAGGGUCGUAAUGUGCGGCCGGAGCCGCCGUUUCAUCUAACAAUAGGUGUGUCAGGUUGGUUGCGGGAUGUGAAUGAGUCGACGCAGGCUUGGGACUGUCUGCGGGAUUGUCUGGGUACGGAGAGUUACGCGUUUCGUUGGGAGCCACAGUUGUUAACGGAGUUAGGAUUUAUGAUGAUGCGGUUAGUAGGUGAGUCAGUUGCCUAUCAAGCUGCGACACUUUCUAUCCAAAUCGCCAUGUCGGCCUCGGCUGGAUUCAUCAUGUGGCCAGUGUCCUUCGUGCAAUACGCAGCCCAGCUAGACAACGCCUGGCUAACAGCUAAAGAACGUGCGCAACAGGCAGGCGUUAUCCUGGCGGCCGCAAUCUGCGACCAAAAUCUGGUUGGCAACCGUCCUGUUACUCUCAUAGGCUGCAGCAUGGGCUCCCGUGUCAUAGCAUACUGCCUCAAGGAACUCUACUCUCGAGAGCAAUUCAACCGCGUGGCAGACGUCGUUCUCAUGGGCCUCCCCGACAAUAAGAGUAAAGACGACUGGAAGAAAAUGCGAGCCGUCGUCUCAGGCAGACUCAUUAAUGUCUAUAACUCCAACGACCUCAUCCUCAUGUUCCUCUACCGAUGGAUGGAAUGGGGCGUCUCAGUCGCCGGCCUAUCCCCUGUCGAGGACGUACGCGGCGUCGAAAAUUUCAACGCCUCUCCCAUCGUCACAUCCCACUACGAAUAUGAAGCACAACUACCCGACAUCCUCUCCGUGCUCGGCGUACAUUCCACGCUCAUGAAGUAUAUAGACAAAAACCCACUAACAACCAACGACACAGACUAA